CCCCCCCCCCCCAAACUACCGUUCAUGUAAAACGCACUUUUCUAUUAAUGCUCCUCUCAGAUGCUCUAGCUGAGAUUUUAGCUUCUGCAUUGCCUCUACCAUUAUAAAUACUACAUACUUGUAUCCCGGUGUUGAUGGAGUUGAUAAAUGUUGAGCAGCAGGCGAUCAUACUCUAGUGUUAGCUUAUCAACGUGAUAUUGAUGUUUAACUACCGUUUGCCUUCCAAAAAAAUGAAAAAGUAUUAUUUCAAGGAAUAAAACUGUCUUCUAAUUUAAAAAGCAUCGAUAGUAUAUCUAAACAUUAUUCGAUACAGAUGAUUUUCUCAACCUGUGAUUUCCGAGAAAUCAAGAGGAACCUAAACGCAACGUCAGUUAAAGUGGACGGCCAAGCUAGCGCUAACUCGACCAGCUGGUCGAUUUGAGUAAUCAUUGUAAAACUAAAAAUUGACACAGCUUUUGUAAAUCAUUAGAGUUAAAGUAAUUGGGUGUUUAGUCAUAUACACCUUAGAUGGUUAACUUUAAGAUAUCUAAUCGAUGAUUGGUCGAUGCACCGCCUCAUGCUAAAAACAAAGCAGAAACUAAAGCUAGCUUGUUUUCUGAUUAGCCUUCCAGGAUGAGGUGCACGCUGAGCUCGCGGCUGCUUUUAAAGCACUUGGACAGGGAAUUGAUGCACUUCAUUUUAGCUGUGCUCCUCUUAUAUCCCGAUGCAUACCGGCCCGGGGAGGCGUGCGCAGCCGCGGCGGAGAGCGGAGGGACCAGCCCCGAAGCCCUGCUGCUGUGCCGGGCGUGCGGACACGAGCUGGCGGGCGGGACGGAUAUCCACUUCGUCCCCAGCAGGCUCGCGCUCUCAAGUCGCAACCACACUGUGGUCGGGGGUCGACGGGUCAACAUCCAGAUGUUUGAAAACCCACACGGACACCAGUUUGAGGUGAUCACCUUCAGAAAGGCGGAUGUUACCCUUCACUGGCCGGCAGAGAAACACUUCUCCUGGUUCCCAGGUUCCUCGUGGACCGUGGCCACCUGCCCCAGGUGCGCCACUCAUUUAGGUGGGUAACAGGGAAUUUGAUAGAGAUCAAUGACUAAAAGUAAAAUACAGACGGUACUUAAAAUACGAAAGAAGUGAACAGUCAAACACUGUUUUUGCCACGUGUUCACUUAGCUGUUAAAUAAUCUUUUAUUGGACAAUGUGGCUAAACACAGCCCAAAAAAAGAAAAUUAUCGACGCUGAAAAUCACUUUAAACUGUCAGAAAAUGUGGACCUACGAUGUUGUGAGAAUGAGUAGGUGCAUCGUUGUGGUCCAUUGUUAUGGACACAGUAAACAGGACCCUAUUUGGAGGCCCCAUUUACAUUUUAUACAUAUUUUUCACUAUAAAAAUAAUUGUGAGAUGGUUCACAAAAUUUUGCUCUUCAUGUAAUUUAAUAAAGGAGACUAAAUGACUUAAAUUUCAAUCCUCUCAAAGCUAAAUGUCUAAAUGUGUAGAAAUGUUAUUUUCAGAGUGGGAAACUUAAUACUUGUCACCUCAGGGGUGUACUGAGUGUUCAAGUGUACACACACAAAUGAAUAUUUACCUUCAGUCUCCCUCAAUCAUGCUUAAAUAAACUGAUAUUAUAGAAUCACAUGCCACUAUUCCUGUUUGUAAACUUUUCACUUUAAAAGAUAUUUUUCAGAGGCUGAACAGAUACCAACACGUCACAGUCCAUAUGGUUGCAUUUUAAACUAGAAAAGCACUCUGAGAGUGCAGACCUCCGCCAAGCAGCUCAUGUCCCCCCUUAUAUUGUGAUUCACACCUAAACUUUUACUGUUACGUGUCUUUUAUUAACUUUUAUUUGUAUUUAAACUGGUAUGUUCACUGUUCAUAAUGUUCCUAAAACAACAAAGCUCAUAUUAGAUACAUAAAUGCAUGAUUUAUUAUGGAAUAUUUGUAAGUGUACACUUCCUUAUAUCUUCAUUGGUUAUCUUUCAGCAUUGAAAAUUCCAACAACACCCUUAUUUUUGUGUGUUCUUGAUCACAGUAUCCCGAAUUUUGUCUGGAUCAGAUCAACCUUUGACACCUCAUAAAAGUCAUUGAGAUCCUUUUGUGUAAUUUUUUACUAAAGACUCUGGCCAUUUUUGUAGAGUUAAAUGCAAAAAUUCCAAAAUGUGCCCUAUCUCACAAUGAUAAAGAAUCCUUCAAAAAAUUCCUGGAUCCAGAAGGCGAUCCAGAUCACCACCAAAAUGUAAUGGAAUCCUCCUGGGGCUGAGACGCACCUCUGGUGAAAAUUUCAGGUCAAUCUGUCUGUAACUUUCUCCGUAAAGUGGCCAACCCCUCAGGAGACACCACUGUUACCACAGUAAAUCACACUUUAAUUAUAGAUAAGUACUCAUAAGAUAAACUUAAGUAUAAUUUUGGGAUUUAUUGAGGCUUGGACCAUUUUUCAUUUCAUUUUAAUAAUUAGAGAAGUUGUUGAUAAGUAUUAAAGCUCUUGCCAGUUGUUUUUUUUUUUUUUGUAGUUUUUCCAAGGCAGCUGAAGAAAUAUCCCCAUUUUUACAUUUAAAAUAUUCUCAGUAAAAAGUAAAUAUGACUGUCAAAGGUCGACAGGAGAUUUUUUCAGAGACCCAAAAAAGGGCUUUUGUAGCCACCCGGUGACCACUGGAAUUCUUUAUCAGUUAAGUUUCUUUAGUUUGUGUCACCAAGAGUGAAUGAUUUGUUACAGGUAUUUGAAUGUACUAAAUGUUUGUAUGUCCUGUUUGGAAACAUACCUAAUAUAUGUAGACUAUAUUAGGUACGUUUAUGUAUGUGGAAAUAUAGCUAUAUCUAUUUAAUUAUCAAAUAUAUCACAAGAUAUGUUGUUUUACAAAAAGAAAGCUGACUAGAUUAUUAGUUAUUCAGUAAAAGGGUGUGAUUUAAGUCUUACCUAUUCCCCCUCUGAUACAUAACCAGACAUUUUAGUGGUGAAAAUAGUUUUUGUAUUUUGCUUUGUUUUUUUAAUAACAAAAUAAAACUUAAAUGUAAUAAAAGUUAAUCACAGAAGCUUUUUAUUUCAAAUAUAUUUGACUUUAUACACAUUAACUGGGUCUAAAUAGUAAGUUUUAAAAUUUGCGUCAGUUAUAACUUUAUUUAGCCUCAAUGUUUGUUUCCAAUAUUUAAUAAAACCCCUUGAUCUAAUAAUCCGAAAAACAACCGAAAUUUACUCUGAAUUACAUACAAGCAAUCAAGUAAUUUAGGGUAAAUGUCCUUAUUUUAACUGCUGUAGUUUAAUGGUCAUGAUUACCAACCCCAUGAUUACAUAUGAAGUGUGUGGAGCUGGAUGGCCAGACCUUUAAAUUCACCAGCCUCAGGAAGUUUUACAUUCUGCUCACAAAUACUGAAGAUUGGGAGUAAGUCAUUCAUACAGAUUUCUCUGCCUUUAAAGAUGUGAAGUUUCACACGCUGCAGGAACAAGAGGGAAAAGGGAUACCUUUGUUUUCUUUUAAUAAGACUCAUUUACCCUCUGUGCUCCUGUUAGAUUUUUUAUCAUGCAUGGUUGCUCAUAACUGAACAAAACUCACUUUUUUGUUUUUCUCACUUCAGGUUGGGGUUUCCAGCCGAGCAGCUGGCCAGACACAAUCACAAAGACCAAAUUCGGGGAGGCGGAGGAAACCUUCUUAGCUCUAAUCACAGUCCGUCUACUGAGUGAAGACUUCGCUUCCACAUUGCUAGUGACUCCAAAAUCCUUUAUAAGCUGAUGGACUUUUGACUGCACGAUAAUCCAGGUGCCUUUGUUGCUACUUUAAUUUUAAUAAAUUUCUAUGCACCCACCAAACUCCCAGAUGUGUAAACACAGUAAGUUUUAUUAUUAUAACAAAGCAAGUUGCACACCUUAAAUUUAAAACAGUUUCUUUUCCCCCAAGCGGAAAAGGAAAGUUUGAUAACUUCUCCGAUAACAGUUGUUUUAUAUAUCCACGAAGCAGUGGGGGCCAAAAUUUACAAGCUGUUUUUUUUCCAUUUUGUUCUUUAUUAAAAAUGUCAUUUCAAAUCUCAUGGAUAUCUGUAAAACAAUACAAUGAAAAAAAAAAGUCCCAUAGAAAUGGUGUCAAAAUAACCACUCUCCCCAAUAACCAACAUACUC